GGUGCGUCGUGUGCAUCGCUCGGCUUGUACGCCCUCUUCGGUGUGAUUGAGGUUUGUGGCAGCGGUUCUCCAGGCGGAUCCCCAGAACUUCAAGGACGCCUCCACAAUGGAGGAAACUCUAGAGGCUUUGGACGAAGUACCCACUGCCGAUGCCUUCCCGGAGCCGACCCGCGCCGCGAGCAGCGCAGGGCUCUUCGCGCUCCGCUAUAUGCUUGCUAUCACGGCGUGGAUCCCCGCUUCCGUGAACGUCCAUCGGAGCCUCGCGAAGCUGACGCGGAGCAACACCCCAGCGACGAUCUACGUCGUCGGUAGCCCCUCCCCGGACUCGCCGUCGGUGUCGACGCUGGACGUGCUCGCGGACCACCUCCCCUCGACGCUGGGACGCGAAGAAGACAGAGCGACGAGGGCGGAUCAAAUGCUGACGGCGCUCAAAAUCCCAGGGAACGCUACUGGUACGGUACACUCGGAAGCAAUCUUGAUGGCCUUGACCUAUCGUGCGCACACCCGGAAUCACAGCGAGCCAUCGCCCCUUCCAGAUUCCAGUCCCGACGCCGGCGUCCGCGAGCUGGAGGACGCGCUGCAGGUAAGUCCUACGUGCGACCUGUCAUACCCGUCUGGUCACGAUCUGAGUUAGGGAUCCACCGGGGUCAUCGGGACCGCGAAGAAG